GUGUUCCACGAUGUGGCCUACAAAGCCAAAUCGCGAGUUGAUUUACUGGCCGGAUUGGACGAGUUUUUGAGCGCAGCAACCCUUCUGCCCCCGGGCGAAUGGGAUCCGUCGAUUCGCAUUGAUCCGCCUGCAUCAGUACCGUCACAGGAUAGUCGCAAAACUGGUGCACCUAAUGGUACUCAACAGGCAGUCGCUCCUCCACCUCCUAUACCUGAAGUUAUCGACCAGUUAACAGCUGGUGGGGAUCGUUUGGCUACAUUGUGUCUUGCAGCAGCUGGCCAAAUGUCACUGCUUACUCAGCAAGCAUCAGACAAAGGUUCUCCGACGACUCAUGGUGAUGCUACCGGAGCGUCUAAAACUGAUGGCCGAAGUUUUGGCAGCCGUUUGGAAUUGACCUCUGUGGAGGCAGGUGCUGGUGUUGAGGACGCACCGGGUGGUCACGGGAAUGAUCCAGCGUUACAACGAACCGGUCGACUUUUCGGUGGACUCAUCUUAGAUAUCAAGCGUCGUGCACCUCACUAUCUCUCCGACUUCACGGAUGCAUUACACGUGCAAUGUUGUGCCAGUUUCAUAUUCCUCUACUUCGCCUGUCUAACACCUAUCAUCACGUUUGGUGGUCUUCUGGCUCAGGCGACCGGAGGUUAUUUGGUACGUUUGAAUUUUCCUAUUUUGCCUGAACUACUCUUUUCCAUUUUGUCAUGA